GACCCUGGGAUUGGGAGAAAUGGGGAUAAAUGGGUGACUGGACUCAGGACCUCUGGGUGGUAGAGAUGCGCGGGAGUCCUAGGGAUGUCAGGCAGCAGGAAUCUCGGGGCUCUUGCUGGGAUAAGACACUCUCCUGCCCAGGGAGAGGUCAGAGGGGAUCAGAAGGGCUGGGGGAACCCUAAGGAGGUCUGUGGCCCAGGGGGCCAGCUGCUUGGCUCAAGGAUCGCUGUGGGGCUUUCGGGGUGACAGUCCCGGCUGUGUCCUCCCCCAGAGUGGCCCUGUCCAGAUCAUGGACCCUGAGGUGUCUUUGCUGCUGCGGUGCCCCCCAGGUGGGCUGCCAGAGGAGCAGGUACGGGCUGAGCUGAGCCCAGACCAUGACCGUCGCCCACUGCCAGGAGGGGACGAGGCCAUCGCUGCCAUCUGGGAGAGCCGGCUACAGGCUCAGCCCUGGCUCUUUGACGCCCCCAAAUUCCGUCUGCACUCUGCCAUCUUGGCCCCCACUGGCUCACAGGGACCACAACUGCUCCUGCGCCUGGGCCUGACUUCCUACCGAGACUUCCUGGGCACUAACUGGGCUGGUUCAGCGGGGCAGCUGCAACAACAGGGCGCCACUGACUGUGGUGACAAGCAAGCCUACCUGGCAGACCCGCUGGGGGUUGGCGCCAUGCUGAUCACAGCAGAUGACUUCUUUGUCUUCCUGCGUCGCUCUCGGCAGGUGGCAGAGGCACCUGGGCUGGUGGAUGUGCCUGGGGGGCACCCUGAGCCUCAGGCCGUGUGCCCCGGUGACAGUCCCCUGCACAAGAACCUCCCUGGGGAGCUGGUGGUGCAUGAGCUCUUCUCCAGUGUCCUCCAGGAGAUCUGUGAUGAGGUGAACGUGCCACUGUCCACUCUGAGCCAGCCACUGCUGUUGGGCAUUGCCCGCAAUGAGACCAGUGCCGGCCGCGCCAGUGCUGAGUUCUAUGUCCAGUGCAGCCUGACUUCUGAGCAGGUGAAGAAGUACUACAUGGGUGGGGGAGCUGAGGCCCACGAGUCUACGGGAAUCAUCUUUGUGGAGACACAGAGGGUACAGAGGUUGCAGGAGACCGAAAUGUGGACUGAGCUCUGCCCGUCGGCUAAAGGUGCUAUCUUCCUCUACAACCAAGUCCGGGGAAGUCCCACCUGAGUCGCCCGAGGGUCCCCAACCCUAGCACGACUUGGAAGACAAUAAAGGGCUUUAUUCUUGGA